UUCGAAAAAUUUUUGACAUUUGACAUGACGUGACGUUCUGUGAAAAUUCGUUGUUUAUUUUGGCAAAAAAAUAACUUUCCGUAAAUAAAAAGACAAGUAAUAUUAGUUGUCCGUUUAAAAUUUCAUUCCUAUUUCCUUUAUUCUCAUGGUAUUUAGAUAUCUUAAAAUCACCAAGUACAUCUUCUAUAGUGAACAAUGACCGAGCAAGUGUUAGGUAAAGAGACAUGGCCACUGGAAGCAGAAGCAGCGUUAAACGAUGUGCGGAAACAUGUUAAAGAAGCGAUCGUCGAGCCAGACUUGAGGAGUACCAACCAAAAAAUAUACUUAAAAAUAACUACCCAUGAAGAUGAAGUGUACACUGUAGAGAUGUCGGCAUCAGGAUUUAGUGUUGUUGAGUGUCUUAAUAAAAGAUGUAUUACAUCGGAAAGGAAAUAUGAAACUCUAUAUGCAUUAUUAGAUAAUAUUAGCCAAAAGUAUAGAGAAUCCUUUGGUGAAGAAUUGACAUUGAAACUAAGAGACUUGGAAAGGAAACAACAGGGUUGAACUUUUAUUUUUAAUAAUCAAAAUUAUAAGUUAAAUUGCCAUAUUAUUAUUCAAAAACCUGUUUAAAUGUAAAAAUGUGUUGUAUUCUGCAGGAAAUCUCAUAAUUAAUUCCUAUACAACCCUUAACGUAGUUAUAACUGUACAGUUAAAUUAUGUCUACACUCGCACAGUUUUAACUGAAAAGUUUGUUCAGUUAAACUGGCGUAAUUGAAUGUUAUUACUUUUUGUGUGUAUUUUAUAAAUACAAUGUGUACUUUUCGUUCCUUUUCUAUGUGAAGAAUUUAAUAUGUAAGAUUUGUAAAUUGCUCAAUUAAUAUAAUAUUUUUCUAGCUUUACAUACUAGAGCCAGAUAAUUUGUUUUAUGGUGUUAUUGGAAUAAAUUCUCAAUUUUGUUUAUUUAAUUGAAAUUUUAAGUGUGUUCGCAUUAUAUUAUGUUAAGUAUUUUGAAAUGUGUUUUAGUACAAACUCUGUAUUUAAAUGUAAUUUCCCCUACGUAUGUUUUAAUUGUGUCAUAUUAUUGAAUUUUAAGGUAAACUUGAUAAAUGAAAAGUGCUCUAAAAACUUUGGCCAGUGAACUAAAACUACCACAGUAUUGAUAUGUAAGAUAAUAGAGUUUAAAUAAAUUUGUAUUUUACCGAAA